AUGGCUGAAAGCGCGGACGUUGACCUCUACGAUACGUUUGCGCAACUCCCUGACGAACGCAUCAGCCAAGAACUGUUAGAAUGGUUCAAGAAAAGCAACGAAGUCAAAAUCUUUAUCACCGGGAAGACUGGGGUCGGCAAGUCCACCCUAGUCAACGGCCUCGUGGGGAAGCAAGUGGCUAAAGAAGGGGAUAGUCUAGACCCAGAAACAUCCAUAGUAAAGGAUUAUAAAUGUAAACACCGUUCAGUCUAUGUGACCGUGUGGGAUUCGCCCGGCUUGCAAGACGGCACUAACAAGGAAGGCAAAUAUUUGGAGGACAUGAAGAAGAAAUGUUCCGAUGUGGAUCUAAGCAUCUACUGCGUGGACUUCAAGGAAACACGCUUCUUCCCGAAUUGUCCAGAUAUUCUCGCGAUGAAGAAACUCACAAAAUUGUUUGGGGAAAAAAUGUGGGAGAAUGCAAUGUUUGUGCUCACGUUUGCAAACCUUGCCGAAGAUUUGGACUCAAAGAUACUCGAGGCAGACGAAGACGAAGAGAAAGCAAGGUUAUUCCAAAAUAAAGUGGAGCUAUGGAAGAGGGCGCUAGCUGACGCUCUCAUUGCAGAUGUUGGUGUGGAUAAAGAAGUUGCCGAACGCAUCGAAGUCGUUCCAGCGGGCCACGAGAGCAUACCAGCACUUCUAGACCGCCCUCAUUGGCUCAGCCCCAUUUGGUUUGCUGCUCUUUACGCCAUGCAUCCUCGCGCUCAGCCUGCUAUGCUAAAACUCAACCGCCACCGCAUCGUUGACAAUCCAAAACAAAUCCGUGAUGAGGACCUCAAGAAAUUUAUCGACCAACAGCCACUGAUUUUCUCUCAACGCGGAGCUUUAAUUGGUGAAAAGUACGGGGAAAGUGAGUUGGGGCAGGCCAUUGGGUGCACCAUGGGGAGUCAUGCCUCCGUCGAUUUGAAAGUAGCUCUCCAGAUAAGGAAUACAGUCACUGAGCUUGCCAAACGUUAUGGCCAGGCCUUCAUCGACAUGAUCAGAGACAUAUUUUCCUGA